AUGAUUACCGGCUCUGUCAUACCACUUAUCCUCCUGGCUGCUGCAUCAGCUUCCCGGGUCGCCGCAUUCCCCAACGACAAUCUCGCUCGCCGUGCGGAUGCAGCUACUCCUACUACUGCUACUACUACUGAAGCACCCACACCCUGGGUCAGCAUCUACCCCGACGGCAGCGCCUCGACCUUCACCGAGCACGUAACCACAAACACCCGCGGGCAGUCCACGACGGUGGACACACAGCCCACAGGCUCCUCCAUCCCCGACACCUCUCGGUCCCAGGAUGUGUUUGCGCAGUGCGACAGUGACAGGUACGAGCUCACGCCAAAGGGGAACACCCAGCCGUGGAUCCCGUUCUGCGCGCCCCUCAAUGGCACGGAGUGGUGGUACACGGGCAAGUAUUAUGUUACGUGGAACCCAAACUUUUGGCAGAGGAACUCGACGGUGACGGUCAUGCUGCAUUACAUCAACUACGGAGGCGCGGGGGAGCUGGCGGACUCGUGGGAAGUUGCAAACUACCUCGGGUUCCACCCCAUCGUGCCCUCCAAGGACUGGCUCAAGAACCAGACGGCGCUCAACGAGGGCGUGAAAAAGGACCUCACGGAGCAGCCCAUGGCCUUCUCCAUCGUGGGCUCCGACACCUCGUCUGGCAACGGUGUCCAGGAGGGGCCCACCAUCAUACUUACGUCAGACCCGAAGGCCGCCCCCGUGGACACAUCGCCGAACAACCGGCCGCCGGUUAGCACGCUGGGUUUGGCGAUUGGGCUGCCCCUCAUGGUGGUGUUUGUGGCGGGGACACUGUGCUGCCUCCAUUUCUGCAUGAGCAGUAAGCGCAAGGUGGGGCCCGUAUCGAUUGGUGGUGGACGUAGGCACCUGGUGGGGCGUGGAUACAGCGGCCGGGCGGAGAGGAGGAGGAAGGCGGCGGCGAUGGGGGGGCAGGCGGCGUAUAGGGAUGAUGUGGCCGAUGUUGACCCAGCCGACGGGAGGGGAGCGGAGUGGGAGCUGGCAAAUGUCAAGGGGGGGAAUUAA